GUGUGUGUGUGUGUAAACGCUUAUUGUGUAACACUUCGGCACUGCAGCUACUGGGAGGAACCAGACGAGAAUCUGAAGAGGAACCUAAAGAAGAACCUAAACGGGAACCUGAAGGAUGUAGACGCUUUGAGAUCAACAGGACCGGCUGCGCGAGCGCGUGUACCAGAUCGAGAAGACGAAGAGAUGUGAGACGUGACCGGGGUGUGUGUGUGUGUGUGUGUGUGUGUGAGAGAGAGAUGCUACGCGGAGGUGAAGCAGCCUCGGUUCCUCAUCAGGCCGAUCAGAGAAGCAGCUUCACCGGUUCACUGAUGACUUUCUGAUCUGGUGGCAGUGAAACAUUCCGAGAACCAAACAUGAAAUUUCCGGCAGAAAAUCAGAGAAAGCCAAGCAGCAGCUGGAGUCCACCUCCAGUUGCGGUCCAGACCAACCUGGUUCCCCCGAAAAAAGUCCAGCCCGGGAUGCUGCAGUCCAGUCUUGUCCAGGCCAGCGUGGCCACAAUGCAGAACCCAAUGGGGUGUUCGCUUCCUCGCCUCUCCAUAUCCAGGCCUGCUAGCAUGGUAGCUAGCAUAGAGGCGGGAGCAGACGGCUCGGCGCUGAUGACCGUGAUGAAAUGGAAGACGGUGCUGGCCGUGUUCGUGGUGGUGGUGAUUUAUUUAGUGGCUGGUGGUUUGGCAUUUCGAGCUCUGGAGCAGCCAUUUGAAAAAAACCAGAAGGACACGAUUACAGCUGAGAAGGCAGCGUUCCUACAGAAGCAUCCCUGUGUCACACCUGAGGAACUCGAGACUCUCAUUAAGCACUCCAUCGACGCGUUCAGUGCCGGCGUGAGUCCGAUAGGAGACACAACCUACAACUUCAGCUACUGGGAUCUCAGCAGUGCGUUCUUCUUCGCUGGUACCGUCAUCACCACUAUAGGAUAUGGGAACAUCGCUCCGAGCACAGAGGGAGGGAAAACUUUCUGCAUUCUCUACGCCAUAUUUGGCAUCCCGCUCUUCGGGUUUCUGCUGGCUGGAGUCGGGGAUCAACUCGGCACCGUCUUUGUGAAGACCAUCGCCAAAGUGGAGAAGAUGUUCCGGAAUAAGAAUAAUCAGAUCAGUCAGAUGAAGAUCCGCGUGGCCUCCACCUUCCUCUUCAUCCUCGCCGGCUGCAUCGUCUUCGUCACAAUUCCUGCAGUUGUUUUUAAGGAAAUUGAAGAAUGGACGGCGCUCGAUGCCAUUUAUUUUGUGGUCAUCACACUAACGACCGUUGGCAUCGGGGACUAUGUGGCAGGAGGAAACCGAGCGAAAGAGUAUUAUAACUGGUACAAGCCACUGGUUUGGUUCUGGAUCCUGGUGGGUCUGGCGUACUUCGCUGCUGUACUGAGUAUGAUCGGAGACUGGCUGAGGGUUCUGUCCAAAAAGACUAAAGAGGAGGUCGGUGAGUUUAAAGCUCACGCUGCGGAGUGGAAAGCGAACGUCCGGGCCGAGUUCAGAGAGACGAGACGGCGCCUCAGUGUGGAGGUUCACGAUAAACUGCAGCGUGCAGCUACGAUCCGCAGCAUGGAGCGGCGUCAACUCGGCCUGGACCAACGCGCUCAAUCACUCGACAUCCUGUCUCAUCCUCACGAGCGACGAGCCGCAAACUUCAACAUUCUGGACGCGGCGACUAACUUUAAGACGUCAUCGCAGGAGAGCAUCAACACCAAACUGAACGACAACAUCUUCAACCGCUUCGGCUCCAUCAGCAAACUGGCCAAACGAGCCAAGAACAGGGAGCUGAGGAAGAACAUCACAGAAGAUGGCAGAAAAACCGGCAGUGAGGAGAAGAAAGAGGUGGAGGAGGAGGAGCUGGAGAAGGAGGUGAACACCAGUCUGUCGGAUCUGCCGCUGUUUGUGGAGAGUCCAAAAUCACAGAACGAGUUUGUAAUGGUGCAGGCAACGACCAAAGAAGAAGAAGAAGAAGAUGAAGCAAAAGAAGAAGAUAAAGAAGAAGGAGAAGGUAGAGGAGAAGAAAAAGAAGAAGGAGGAGGAGUUGAAGAAAUAAAAGCAGAGGAAGAAAAAACACUUGAGGAGUUUCACCUAGAAAUGGAUGUGUAGAGAAUGCAGACGAGAUGAAUUUGCUUGAAAACAAUAAAAGUGCCUUAUUUCUCAUUGACACUGAAGCUGAUGCUGAACCUGAAGCUGAUGCUGAAGCUGAAGCUGAAGCUGAAGCUGAAGCUGAAGCUGAAGCUGAAGCUGAAGCUGAAGCUGAAGCUGAAGCUGAAGCUGAAGCUGAAGCUGAAGUUGACACUGGGAAAUUGUAACAUCCCAUUUUAAUGUUGGUGAAAGUUUUCACUGUGUCCUGGUAACUUGAUUUAAACAUUUCCACCUGACAGAAAAAGCGAAGCUAAACGUAUGUGAGAUGUUUGACCAGGUGAACUGGAGCGACGUCUCCUGAGAGAUUGAGUGCUGAUCCUGAGAUCUCUCCACAGUGGACCUGAAGAUUUGAAAAUGUUAUAAAUAUAUAAAGCAGAUGGAGAUAAAGGAAGAAAACUGUACAUUAGGCAUGUGUCGAUAUCAUUUUCUACAUGAGGUUGGGAUCAUUUCUGUCCAAAAACAUAUUAAAUAUGGGUUUUCAUUCCAA